AUGUCUUCUGUCGAGACCAACCAAAACUUCAAUCCUAGCUGGAUUGGCAGCGCGUAUCGAGGCGGCCACGGGAAUAGCCUAGGUGGCGGCGAUCGAGGAGGCGCGGUGAUCUCACGCGUGCUCGGAGAAACGGACAAUAAGGAAUAUCCGUUGGCACCACCUGUCUUUGUGGAGCAUCGUUAUGGACGUGAGGAUCUACUGGCGCUCGUCGGCAAAGAUAGUCGUCCGCCUGAAGGACUCGAACGUUGUCAGGAGCUCUUCGUGGAACAAUGUCAACAACCCGUUUCGAUUUACCCGCUUUCUGAAAGAGAGCAGAGCAUGAUACAGAACAACAUCAACUCGUCAAAGGCUAUGAGCUCUCUGUCGCCAGCCGAACGCGCUCAGGUGCUGGCAAGUGGCGGAGGUGGAACGGCAAAUACAGGCUUUCAACGACCCAACGUACCGCAAACUGGCGGCGGUUGGACACCAGUGAAAAGCUCUAGUUGGAAUCGUGGAAAUGCGACAAAUCGUGGAACAAUGGGUCGCGGUGGCUUCACGACUGGUGGUUACCCUGGACGCGGUGGAGGAUCUUCGGCAACGAGUCAACAAGGAAACGUUGCACCGAAUGAAGAUGGAAAUUCGCCUUAUGGACAACGUUAUGUGCCACGUAAUGCAAGAGGAGUUCCACCAAAUGGUCGAGGAGGCUCAACGGCGGUGCCAUCAUUCAAUACACGAGCUCAAGGCCUAUACAAUCCAAAGGAUCCAAAAGAUCGUCCACGCGCGAGGCUUCGAAGCACCAGCGAAGACGAUGUGCAAAACACGAAUGGUGGAUCUAAUUCGUCUGGUUGGAAACCGAUGCGACUUGACCAAAGAAGUGAGGAAAAUGGCGGUGGAGGAAAUGGGUGGCCACGCCGGAAUACGACAGAUGGAGGCCUGUUGCCUGAAUGGAUGAAUAGCGACGACGAGGAGCCACUUGACAAGCCGAUCUCCAUUUCAAGAGAAUCGAGCGAUGAACGCAAUACUGGAGCCGCCGCGCAAAUGAUGAACUCAAGCAGUGAGCCAAGACAGAACAGGGAAGAACUGAAUCGUGAACAACGCCCAGCCUGGGCUCGACAGGUUUCUGCCACUGGGAUGGCUGCUUCAAAUCCACAAGAUGUUGAUCGCGUGCUUGCAGCUCAAGAACGAGCUGUUAUGGAACAACGGGCUCAACCGACGACAACUUCCGCUCCACCGCCAACAACAUCUGGAUAUCCAUUUGAUCAAGCUCUCUUUUCGGGAAUACCUUCAGAAUAUUCUACAACUCCUUUACAACCAGCUGAUCCAGCUCCUCCAUCCAAGUUCUAUUACAUGGAUCCGACAAAAGUUGAACGAGGACCUUUUGAGAAGGAUCAAAUGGAGCAGUGGUUUAAGAUUGGAUACUUUGAGACGAGCCUUCUCCUUCGAAGAGACACUGAGCGGGAGUUUAAAUCUUUGGGUGAACUCCAAGCAAUGAAUGGAGCAGCAACACCAUUUGAUUUCAAAGCGCCUUCACCGCCACCUCCGCAGACGUCAGCUCAAUUUGGACAAAUGCCUGGAUGGAAUAUGCCGAGAGAGCUUGCCUAUCUUUAUGGGACCAAUCAGAAUACUACUUAUCAACAAAGCGCUUCGGUGCUUAGGCAACAAAUUGAGCAAGAGACACAGCGUCGACUGUUGAUCCAUCAAGAGGAAAUAUAUCAGCAACUCCUCCGCGAACAACAGAAAAAAGAUGAGCAACAGCGCAUGGAAUACAAAGCAAGAGAAGAGCAAUUGCGAGCGUACCAGGAGGAGAUCCAACGGCGAGAACAGGCUAUGAAAGAAACGGCAAAGCAAUUAGAAACCAGAUUGGAAAUGGAACGACUCGAGAUUGAAGAAAAGGCCAAGGAAGUCGCAAGGGAGCGCCAACGUGUUGCUGCGAUUGAGGAAGCAAAGAGAGCCGAAGCAAGACGAGAAGAGGAGGAGAAAAAACGGUUGGAAGAGGAUCGAAUCCGACGAGAACUGGAACUUCGCCGCUUGGAAGAAGAACAAGAACGAAAGAAGCUCGAGGAAGAGGAAAGAAAGAAACGAGCGGAGCUUGCAGCCGAGAACGAGCGACGCCGUUUGGAGAUAGCUUCCCGCGAGGCCGUUGCUCAACUGAAACAAAGGGAGGAGGCUGAGAAGUUGAAAAAGGAAGAAGAGUUAAAGCGGAAGCGAGAACAACUGAAAAAGAAUGAAGAACUUCGUUUGAUGGCAGAACGCGAAGUCGAGCGGAACCGUUUCCAAGUGACAGAAGAUUGGGAAACGGCAGGAAAGCCAAAGAAAGAAGCAAAGGAGAAAGCUAAAGUUACUCCAUGGAGCUCAACGUCUGCUCCACGAGAGAAGACAAUGGCUGAAAUCAUGAAAGAAGAGGAAAGGCAAGCCGCUGCCGAGCGACGACAAAACGAGGCUUUGCGAAAAGAGGAACUUCGAACUCAGCAAUCGAUUCAAUCAGCCGGAACCUGGAGCAAUGCGGCAACGCGGCUUGCAAACAACCCUCCAAAGGCUCGCGCAUCAUCGUCAAGUGCUUGGGGCGCAGUUUCAAGUGAACCGGCUCGGGUAAACCCAAUUCUCGACGGUCCAUCGCUUGCCAGUGCUAAUAAGGUCACACCCAAGCCGAAGCCUCCACCAACGAAGGCAGCACCAGCUCCAUCUAUCUCAAAGCCGACUCCGAAAGCUCAACCACCAUCGCUUCAACAAUGGGCAACCUCCAGAAUGAAGCAACUCAACGAGGACGUUGAAGCCGAAGUUCUUUAUUCAUUUGUCGCCGAUGUUGAUAGUCCGGCUGAAGUGGAAGAUUAUCUAAUUGGUUAUUUGGGCGAAUCAAAGGCCGUCAAGGAAUUCGUGAAAGAGUUCAUAAAGAAACGCUCCGAUGCAAGGGGUGGCAAAAAGACCGAGACAAUUGCGUCGACUAACUCUGAAUGGACGGCUCAGCAAACGGGUAAAAAGAAGAAGGGUAAAGGUCGCACGUUGGUUAUUGACGGAAGUUGUCUUGGAUUCACCCCCACCGGCGAUCCAAACAGAACCAACAAGGGUGAGAUUGAGACGGUGCCUCUGCAAUCUGGCUCUCGUCGU